UAAUUUUACAAAUUUAAUUAUCAUGGGAAAAGGUAAACAGGCUCAAAGAACAAAAAACAAUGCUAGACCAUCCAACAGUAGUCGUAGUGCUGAGUUUUUAGGAUCGACAGGACAGAAUUUAAUGGGAUUUUCCUCUCUUAAAGAUUCUGGUUUUUCGUCCUCUAGCAUUUUAAAAGAUGGAGGAGGAUAUCAAUCAUUACUUCCUGCUCUCAGUAUUAGCACAAUAAGCGAUGUGGAUAUGAAAAACAUUGAUCCGCAAUAUUAUCUGGUGUUGAAAAAAAUGAAUAAAAAAGAUUCGACAACAAAAUGUAAAGCAUUACAGGAAUUUAUGGAACUUUGCCGUGAUUCAGAACAAUCAUCAUUUGAGAAUUUUCUUCCCUUUUGGUCUCGACUUUAUGGACAAUUGGCAAACGACAUCGAACACAAAGUAAGAGAAAUCACUCAAUUAGCACACGCAAAAGUUGUAAAACGAGCAGGUAAAAAUAUCGCAAUUCAUUUGAAACAACUCGCGGGACCAUGGUUCACAUCACAAUACGAUACUUAUCCUCCAGCAGCGUCAGCAGCUCUUAAUUCAUUCAAUGAAACUUUUCCACCCAAUAAAAUUAUUAAUGCAAUUAUUCACUGUCAGGAGGAGAUUUUAAAAUAUAUUUUUGAAACAAUAUCAAAUCAAUCACAAUUACAAUCCAAGAAAUUGUCAUUAACCGCCGAGGAACUCGAGGCAAAACAUCAGAGAUUAUUAAUUUCAUGUUUACAGGCUUACAGUUUUUAUCUUAAAACUGUUCCAUCAUCGGAAAUUGAAAAAACUAUAGAAAUUCAUCGUAUGAUAUUUGGAAAAAAUAGUAAAAUUUGGAAAUUAGGAAGUCAUGAAAAUAUUGCAAUUAAAACAUCAUUUUUCAAUGUAAUUUCAUCGGUUAUUGAGAAUGCAAUAGAAUUAAUUGAUAAUGAAAAAAAGAGAGUAAUGACAUCAAUAAUAAAUAGUCUCGAUGAAAAUGAUCCAGGACUUUUAUCAGCAAUUUGGGAGGCAAUGUUAAUUGUAAUUACAAAAUUAGAAAAUUGGUUUCAAUUUAUUAGUAUUGAGAAAUUUCUUCUUCCAAAAUUGUGGCGUAUUUUAAAAAAUGGAACUCAAUAUUGUCCAACAAUAAUGUAUCCACAUUUAUUACCAUUUCUUGGACAAUUUUCAAAAUUUAAUCUCAAUUCAAAGGAAUUGUUUCACAAUUUUUUUGCUAAUUUACGCGAGGGUUUUAUUACAAAAACAGGAAAAUUGACAUAUUCCGAAACAGCAGCAAUUUUAACUUCUUUCGCUGAAUGUUUACGAUAUGCCGUUCUUAUUAAUUCCAAUGAUCAAGAACUUUGUCUACAUCUUUUACGUGAACAUCUCAUACCAAUGAUUGAAUUUUCCUUAUUGGAAAAUAUUCCCUAUAGUAAAAUUUUAUAUUUUGAAAUUGCACAAUUAAUUCGUUACUGGACAAAAUUAUCUGUUGAAUGCGCGACUUAUUCUCAUCUUGUCGAUCAAUUUUGGUUAGAGCUUAAUGUGACUUUUGAAAAACUUUCAAUUCAGAGCGAUGAAAGUUUCGAUGAGGGAAAAUCGUCUUCUAUUUUCAAUUCACAAAUUGAUUUUCUUCUUGCUUUGAAAAAUUGUAAAGAGCCAAAACCAAGUAGAAAAGUGAAAUUUUCAGAUGAUGGUAAUAUGGAAAAUGAGACAAUAACGAAAACUACAAUUCGAGAGGACGAUAAACAAUUUUUAAUUAAAUUUGAAAAUUUCAUUCACUCUCUUUCUAUAAUUCAAUUUAAUAAAGUAAAUUCAAAUUCAUCGAAAAAUAUUCAUCGAUUUGUGAAAUUUGUCUCAAAUUUCGAGAGUAAGGAACUAUUUACAGCACUUUCAAAAUCAAUUAAUGACAACGAUGAUUUAUUAUCAUUUUAUGAAAUUCUAAAAACUUGGUUCAAUGGAAAAACAGAAGAGAUUCAAGCUUCCGUACAAUUGGUUUUCAUUCUUCUUAAAUACAUGGAAGAAAAAGAUCAAGAACAAGUGUUAAAUUCUUUAUUAGAAUUGAAUAACAAUCAAGUUUUGAAAAAUGCCGUUCUAAGCGCUUUAUCGAAACAAAAUAGAAAUAAUAGAGCAAUAAAAUUAUGGUGCGCAAAUUUUGAUAUUGGAUUAAUUCUCAAAGAUGUUGCCGAAUCAAUUUUAAAUUUAAAAUCCAAUGAAAUUGAAACAAAUAAAAAAAUGAUUCUUUUAGCAUUUGAAACAACUGACGAUGGUAUUCCUCUUAUUUCCAGUGAAUCAAUCAACACUCUUGUAUCAACUUUACUCUCAUCUUUAGAUAAAUCCGAAACAAAUUCAAAAUCUCUACGUAAAUUAAUUUCACAAAUUCUUGAACUUACGUGUGCUUAUAAAAAUAUCUCAGAUCAAUCAUUAAUUUCAGCAAUUUGUUUAAUGUUGGAAAAACUUUUUGAACUUAAUAUCAAUAUUGAUAUGAAAGAAGAAUCUUGUCAUUUUAUAUGGAAACAAAAUAUUUCCCAAGUAUAUCAUCUUAUUCCAAAAUCGAAUUUUAUUAAUCUUGUAAAAAAUUUGGGAACUAUUUUAUGGAAGAAGAUUUUUUCUGAUUUAGAUAAUAAUUCUAUUGUUGAAAUUGCAUCUGAUUUUUGUGAAUCAAUAAUUGAAAAUAGUGAAUAUUGUAAAACGGAGAAUAAUAAAGAAAUAAUUAAACUCUUUUUAACGGAAUUGGAUUUAAAAAAUUGGAUCACAAAUUUUUCUGGUAUAGCUCUAUAUGCGGAAAUUGUCACCGGAAAUCUUUAUAAACAAUUAAAAAAUGAAAAUGAAGAAAUUCGAGUUUGGAAUGAUUUUAUAAAUUUUGAAUUAAAACCAACAUUUAUUGAUUAUUCAGUGAAUUCAUUGAAAUGGGCUCUAUUUAUAACAAAAGUGUUAAAUAAAUUACUUUUACGAAUAAAUCAAGAUUCGAAUUCAAAAUCUCUUGAAAAUGUUAUAUUCUCGAAUCUUUUGGAAAUGUUUAUCAAUGUUCUUUAUAUUUUUACACUUGGUAAAAUUUAUUGUAAAUAUUAUAAAACUGCAAAAGAUUAUACUAAAGUAAAUUAUCUUUUGGAUGAAAUUUCAAGGGAAUUUGUUACACUUAAAGAAUUUCUUACAUCUGUAAUUCUUGAGGAGAUUGGAGAAUUUUUUGCCAAUAAUGUUAAUGAUAAAAUUCUUCCUCAUUUAUUGGAUGUUUAUCACAUGGAAUUCGAACCCGAUGUAACACCUUCAAUGUAUUUUAAAAAUUAUGAAAAAAUCCUCUCUGAAAUGCAAUCCGAAAAUUAUAAACGAAUUUCUCUAAUUCGUGGUAUACAAGUUUUGCCACAAUAUUUCGAUGAUGAGAAAAUUUUUGAUUCGUUAACUAAUUGUUCUUCAGAAGAAAAGCUUAUUAUUGCAAGAAGUAAAAUUACAAAUCGAGGGAAAUUAAUUGAAAUAUUAAAUCAGGUGACAAAGGAAAUAAAUCCUUGCUCUUCUUUGUAUGAUAAAGUAAUAAUGGAUUUUAAUUCCGACGUUUCACUUACUUUAGAAAUUGUAAAUAGUUUCACAAAAUUAAUAACAAUUGAUCCAACAAGACUGACAACUGAUCAUUGGGAUUUAAUUAUGACUUCAAUGGUGGAACUUGAGGUAUCGAUUCUUCAGACAAUAAUUUUUUGUGAUAAAUAUAAAUUUUAUCCACUUUAUGUUUCGGCACUCGUAAUUGCCAUCAGUGAACUUUAUUUAUCGGUUCAAAUUAUUAUGAAUAGUCAUGAGAAAAAUCCAAUUUCUGAAUUACCACCUGAAUUACUUGACGAAUGGAAGAAUGUCUUUUUAAUUCACGCUCAAGCUGGAAUUGCUCGUAUUUGGAUUAAAAUCACAGAAGAUAAAAAAUCAUCAGAAGAAAUUCAAGAUACAUCAAAUUUAGUUGUUUUCAAUUCCGUGGGCAAUGCAAUGAGACAUUUGAAUGGGAAAAUAUUUUGCGAGAAACAAGAGGAUGAAUCGAGAUUAAAAACAUUGACAAUUGACGAAGUUAUUGAAUCAUCAUUAAAUUUAUUAACAUCCACGAAUCCAAAUCUACAACUUGGAGCAUAUUAUAUGUUGAGACAUAUAGUACCAGAUUUAGUCGAAUGUGAUAAAAUUUCAAUUCUCGAUGAUAAUUUUGAUUCAAAAUCAUUGAAUUUGGUAAAAUUCAUUGAUAUUCUCACUAAUAUUCAAAAUAUUGUCAAAACAAUGUUAAUGGAUUUUAAACUUUGCGAUAUUAUAAGUUGUACUAUUCAACCUUACACUGAUUCCUAUACCUAUACAUUGGGUUAUCUUUUAACUUGGAGUGUUCUUUUGGAAAUUUGCUCCGAGGCACAUGGGGAUUUACGUUAUCAAUAUGCGGAAAUUCUUAAGGAUAAAUAUUUUUCUCAUCUCAUGGAGAGUAUCUUUAAAUUGAUGCCCGUUGAACUUUUACAAGACUCAAAGGUAAAAUCGUCAAAAUUAUUUGAAAUAUUCACUACGAGGCCGUGUUUAGAAUUUUCCGAAAGUUGGACUGAAUGGAGAUUGGAUCAUAUUGCAUGUUGGUUGUAUACAAAUUGUUUACGUUGUCUACCAGUUUUGGUGAGACAAUGGUGGAAUACAACAGACAGUCGUGUGAGUACUGCAAUUGAUAAAAUAACAUCAAUUUAUGUGAGUCCAAUGUUAUGUCAAGAGGAAUUACAAAGUAAUAAAUUUAUUAAUAUUGAAAAUAUGCAAGUUAAAGUAUUGCCAACAGCACGCGAAGUUAUUGCACUUUAUCAAAUGGAUGAAACAAAAUUAGAAUUGAGUAUUGUAUUGCCAAUGAAUCAUCCACUUGGUUCAGUGACAAUAACACCAUGUCAAUAUGUUGGUGGUACGGCAAAUUGGAGAAAUUGUCAUAUGCAAUUGUCAAUUCUUCUCACACAUCAAAAUGGCAGUCUUUGGGAUGGAUUGAUGCUGUGGAAAACGAAUCUUGAUAAAAGAUUUGCUGGUAUUGAAGAAUGUUGCAUUUGUUUCAGUGUUUUUCACAUUAGCACUUAUCAAAUACCAAAGUCAUCUUGUCACACAUGUAGAAAGAAAUUUCACACAAAUUGUUUGUAUAAAUGGUUUAAUACGAGUCAAAAAUCAUCGUGUCCUAUUUGCAGAAAUGUGUUUUAAAAUUUUUCUUUUUGCAAAUAUUGUAAAAUAAUUUUCACUUGUAUAGAUCCCUUUUUUUUUGCAGUAAAUAUUUAAAAAGGUCUUUAAUUGUGUACAGAUUCUAUAAAAGUUUUGUAACUUGAAUUUUGUAUUAGAAUUAGUUACUGAAAUAAAUUCUGUUGAGAAAAAACAAAAGAGUAAUUUUUCCAAUUCAUAUUAAACAAUGAUUAUAAAAUUUAUUCAUUUUUUUGUUUUAGUACAAUUCCAAAGGACUUAAGCCGUAUUUAUUUGUGAGCGAAUUUAAAUAAUGCAACUUUUUAUUUUUAAACAUUGUGUUUUUUCUUUCGCUAAAUUUAAUUAACAUUAGCAAAUAAUAGUUGAAAAUAUUUUAAUUUCUUGACAAUUAUUAAGAUUAUCUUAAAUCUACAAUGUGCUUAACAAAGUGAUGAUAAAAGUUCUUUUUUAAAAACAAAAAAAAAAAAAAAAAAAAACACGCGAGUUUUUAAGAUUUGCUGAUGUCCAAAAAAUUUAAUAAAUAAAUGCUGAAAAUGGGAAGUUAAUGAACAUUAUUAUCA